CUUUCCGCUUUCGAGCAACAUGAGCAACAUGAAUCAUUCUGUUUCACUCUUGCAUACAUAGUGCGUAUUUGUGUCUCGUUCUCGAACCAAAAAAUAUUUGUGUAAAAAAUUCCAAAGAAAAUUUAUACGAAAAAAGUGCUUUAUAUCAAUAAUUCGUGCAUUUUUGCAUCGGUUCGAGCAUGGCAGAGAAUAGGGAAGAGACUCUGGCUAAUUUUCAAAAUAUAACAGCUAUUGAUGAUGUGGGAGAGGCUAUUCUUGUGCUGGAGGAAAGCAAUUGGGACUUGUUGACGGCAAUCCACAAAGUAAUCCCCCAAGAUGACCCACCGGCUGAGCAUCCACCACCAUACAGCAUGGCAUCAUCCUCCAUGGCAACAGAGAAGCUCAAUCUGAAUAACCUCGAUGUGACAUCCAAUACAGGUGUGGAGCCAAUGGCGGCGGGGACUCCAUCGUCAUCGUCACCAAUGAGCAUUGUGUACAACAUUCCGGCAACGAAUAGUCGCACUGCGGGUCCCUCCACUUCGGGGAACAAUGGAUUUCUCAAUGAUGCCCAACAGCGUCCCAAGGACGUCAAUUUUACCAUCAAUUUCAACAAUCGAAUGCACAACUUUGUGAUCUCGGAUCAUGCCACGAUUGGAGAGCUCAAGACACGCAUUUAUGAAGCAACAAACGUACCACCCUGCCGUCAGGCACUCAAGGGAAUCACGCCUUUUCGGCACAGGGAGGCGCAAAAUAGUGCAGCCGUCCUCAAGAAUCUCAAUGUGGCCAGAGAAAAUUUGCUGGAUCUUACGGAUUUAACGGAUCUUACAGAUGAUGGGUCUUCCCCAUCUCGGCUAAAUGAUACGUUCAAUUUGAAAAUAACCAUUCAACCGGAAGGAAGGACAAUUCCACUCAAGUUUCCAGGGACACAUACGAUUCUUGAUGUAAAGUCAGACGUUUCAGACAUUACAGACAUAGCAGUGAGGCAUCAAGUGUGGACAGGAUGGCCGGAGAAUGUUUCUCAAGGCACAUCAUUGGCUCAAUCCGGGAUUGAUCUCGAGCACAAUUUAGUAUUAAAAUCGGCUGAGAGUAUGUCCUCCAAGAGGUCCCAGAGGCAAACAAGAUCCAACAACAGCACGAUAGAUUUAGAUUCUGAGAGUUCAAUGGAAGAGUACGAAGAUGCGUCUGAGGAUUUCAAUGCAGAUGAUGAUCUUUUUGCUGAGUCUCCUCCCCAGAGUCGUCAGAAUUAUUUGAUGCCCGAUCAAGUGAGUGAUGAAAUCAUUGGAAGCAUUGAAUUUGUCCAAAACUACAUUCAACGGUAUGGGGAACCUCAUCCGGAAUUCUAUCAGGGAACACUCUCAGAUGCUCUCGCUGAGGCAUGUCACAAGCCAGCUAAAGAUAGAAAAUUGUUGGCCAUUUACCUUCAUCAUGACAGCAGUGUCCUCACAAAUGUCUUCUGUGGUCAAUUGCUAAGCUGUGAGAGCAUCAUUCAGACACUUAUGCACAACUUUAUCCUCUACGGAUGGGAUUUGACCUUUGAGAGCAAUAAAAACAUGUUUCUGUCGGCAAUUACGGGCGCAAUUGGUACACCGGCAUCACUCACAGUGCGCAAUAUACCCACAGAUCGUCUCCCGGCAAUUCUCAUCAUCUCCAAAAGUCGCAGCAACUGCGAAGUGUUUAGCGUUAUACACGGGAAUGUUGGGGUAGAUGAUCUCCUGUCGCAGCUAAUGGAGUCCAUUGAUCUCUACACCGAGCAGCAGCGUGUGGAGAUUCGUGAGGAGAAUGAGCGAGCGGCGCGUGAGCAGGUGCUUUUUGAGCAGGAUAUGGCGUAUCGGGAAAGCUUAGAGGCGGACCGGGCCAAAGAGGAGGCAAGAAAGAGAAGGGAACAAAUGCUAGCGUCAGAGAGGAAGCGUCUCGAGUCGGAGAAGGCGGAACAAGAAGCUAGAAGAGUAGCUAUGCGUCUUGAAGCGGAAAAGACUCUGCCAGUUGAACCAGAUGCCAAUCAUCCGGCUGAAGUCACCAAGAUUCGUGUUCGUCAACCCAGUGGUGAUUUCCUCGAACGGAGAUUUACUGCAGAUACCAAAUUGAAUAUUCUUCUAAAUUACAUAACAUCUGUGGGAUUUCCAGUGGCUGAAUAUAAAAUGUUCUCCGGGUGGCCAAGAAAAGAUUUGACAACGAUGGAUGCAGAUGAAACGCUAAAGAAUUUACGUCUGUGCCCACAAGAGACGGUGAUCCUAGAAGAGCGAUGAUUCUUCAAAGACUGGCCACAAUUUAAUAUCCACACAACACAUACUUUUUUCGAUCAACCCGCUGCUUGAAGAUGGAAAAUCCUUGAAAUAAUUGCUUAAUACAUAAAUUGACAUCAAGAGGAAACUUAUUUAUCUGUAUUACACUUAAUUAAAUCUCUAAAUUCAAGAA